AUGGGAAAGAUCGCCACCAUGGAGUGGUUCCGGGUACCGCCCCGCUGGCUGUUUGUCAAAAUCACCGACGAGGCGGGCAAUGUCGGCUGGGGCGAGGCAUCACUCGAGGGCCACUCGCAGGCCGUCGAGGGCUGUCUUGAUGCCUGGUUUGAGCGCUACAAGGGCAUGGAGGCCGACGACAUUGAGCACAUCUGGCAGCUGUCAUGGCGCACGAGCUUCUACCGGGGCGGGCCCGUCCUGAUGAGCGCGCUCUCCGGCAUCGACAUUGCCCUGUGGGACCUGAAAGCUCGAAAACUUGGCGUCCCGAUCCACCAGCUGCUCGGCGGAAAGCUGCGCACCAAGCUGCGCGUCUACGCCUGGAUCGGUGGCGAUCGGCCGGACGACGUCGAGAAGCAAGCGCAAGGAUUCCGCGCCGUCAAGAUGAAUGGCACCGAAGACCUUGGCUGGCUCGACGCCCCCGCGGCCCUCGACGGCUGCGUCGCUCGUGUUCAGGCCGUCAAGAACUUGGGCAUGGACGUCGGCGUCGACUUCCACGGCCGCGUCCACAAGCCCAUGGCCAAGCAGCUCGCCAAGGCCCUCGAGCCCCAUCGCCCCCUAUUCAUCGAAGAACCACUGCUGUCCGAGCACCCGACGGGCAUCGAAGAGUUGAAGGCGCUGACGACCAUCCCCAUUGCCCUCGGCGAGCGCCUGCACAGCCGCUGGGACGUGCGCCCGCUGCUGCCACACGUUGAUAUUUUGCAGCCCGACGUCUGCCACGUCGGCGGCAUCUCGGAGCUGCGCCGCAUUGCCGCCCUGGCCGAGACGUACGACGUGGCCCUCGCGCCGCACUGUCCGCUGGGCCCCAUUGCGCUGGCGGCGUGUGUGCAGGUCGACCUGGCGAGCCCCAAUUUCGCCAUCCAGGAGAUGAGCCUGGGCAUCCACUACAACGCGCAGAACGGGUCACAGCAGGACCUCACAAGCUACACGCACAACCCCGAGGUCUGGGCCGUCGAGGACGGCUUCAUCCAGAUGCCGACAGGGCCCGGGUUGGGCAUUGAGAUUGACGAGGAGCAGGUGCGCCGACUGGCCAAGGACGCCAAGCCCUGGCUAACGCCGGGCUUCAUUGGACCCGGCGGUGAGAUCCGUGAGUGGUGA